AUGGAACACAAUGAUCUAAGCUCUAACCCACCGUCUGUGAUUUGGUUGAAUCGAUCGAAGUACAAUUACGCUAAUUUGAGUAUGAGUACAGAAGAUAAUGAUGAUGAUGACGCCUAUGAUCCACCUAACAAUUACAAUAUCACCAACCGAGUACCUCAUUCACAUCAUCAUCAUCAUCAUCAUCAUCAUCAUAAUUUAUCUACUUCGCAUAAUGGAAGACACAAAGCCUAUGCAGAAUCGAUGUUCUUGUCAAAAAGUGAAUAUACAAAGGAUGAAAGAUCAGAAAAAAAAAGUUACUGUACAUCAAAUAAAUUAUCUCCACCUUAUUAUAUCGAUCCAGAUGUUAAAUAUAAAUUAUACACACCAAAUAAAAGGGACGCUAAUCUUAUAUCAAGUGAAUCAUUGAAAAGUGAACAGAGAAAUUAUGAUAAUGUGAAGAGCGUCACAGGACAGAAUGAUCAUUCGUUUACACGUGGAAUACCUGAACGUUUGUCAUUAAAGAAAUCUCAGAGAAUAACUGAACUUAUAAAUUUAUUAAGUAAAAAUGUUGACGAACAAAACCAACAAAAUACUCAUGUUACUAAUAAUAACAAUAAAAUAAGGCCCGUGAGUUCAGUAGAAGAAAGUGGUUUACCAGAGGGAGAAGCUCGAAAUCAAUCAUUUUCCGGGAAAAUACCUAGAACAACAUCUCUUCAUUCAUACACUUCACACACAAAUUUUAAACCAAACAAUCAUAGCAAAUUCAGUGAACAACAAUCAAACAACAAUUUUAUGAGAACAGAAGACAACCAUAAAGACGACUAUCCAAUGAUGUCAAUUAGUGACAGAAUUGCUUGUAUUCGACAGAAUAGUUUAAACUGGCGCGAACGUCUUGGUAGACCAAUGACAGAAGAAGAACGCCCGUGUAAUCUUAAUCAAAUUCGAAUGUCGCUGUGCGAAAAUCAAGAAGCUUGGAGAAAACGUGUUCAAUAUGGAAGUGAAAAUGACACCGGCGAUAUACCUGAUCGAAUAAAAAAAUCCUUUGUACAUAACAACACAGAAUCCUAUCCUCUUAAACGGUUCAACUCACAAGAUUCAUCUCCGAUGACACCGAAAUAUUUACCAGCUGAACCGAUAUUACGCAAUGCAAGCAAAGAAAACCAGGAAUCCAGACAUCCGGCAGCAGUUGCUCGUACAACCUCUCUUGACGGUCCAAUGAUGACCAAACCGAGUCCACUUGCCAAACAGACAUCAAGGAUUUCACAAAAUGUUCAAGUACCUGCUCAACAAGACAAAGCAUUGACAGACUUCUUCAAGAGCACAUCAGUUUUGGAAUCUUCCGAUCAGCCAGCAUCACUGAACCUACCAGCUCUCACUUCACAACCAAAUGAAGAAUUGAAGACUGUUUACGAAAGGAUAGCCGAUGCACGAUGUGCAGCUAGACCAGAAAAACGUAAACCUCCCAAAGACUUGAAAAAUCCUCUAAAAGCCUUGAAACAAAGAGAAAACAUAAAAUCGAAUUAUGAAGAAAUAUGCCUAACUACAACAAAGGAACAACCCUCCAGUGUGAAUAUUACACCUUUCCAGAUGUUGUCACGCUCAGUGGAUCCAGCUGUGAGAAUUGGACUAGAUUCUGCUGUAAGGAGUGCAGUUCUUGCUGAGUCAGCUAAAGCGGGUUUAACUAGCACUGAAGAUAUAAACGGGGCGAAGAGUAAUUUACGUUCAGUUCAGGAUAGACCAUCGUUUGGUAUUUCUACAACUGCACGACAACUUUUACCCUAUAAAUCACCUAUGCUGUUACACAUUAAAGGUCGGCGACAUGUUCAGGUUCGGUUAGUUGCUCCAUCGGCAAAAUCUAUGAAUUCAGGUGAUUGCUUUAUUCUUGUCACUACCAGUGCAGUGCUUGCUUGGUUCGGUGGAUCCGCCAAUAUUGUUGAAGUAAAUAAAACUCGAGAGUUGGCAUCAUGGAUUUACAAAAAGCAUGAAUUAUGCUACCAUGGAAGUCUCAGUGAAGCGGCACAGAUUUUAGGUGAUGGUUACUUAUCAGUUUAUGAAAAUGCAUCUUCUUAUGGAGACAAUGAAGAUUUGGAUACUGAAGGUUAUAUAGUAAUCAGUGAUGGUGUAAAUCGAUCAUUCUCUGCAACUCUAAAGUUCUGGAAAAUACUUGGAUAUGAUUCCCCACAAAUGGUUCAUGCCGCUGGACCACCUGAAGAAGAUGAACGUUAUGAAUUAAUGGUUCAGCAUACCAAUCGGGUGUAUCGUGUCACUCCGAAUCAAUUAGUCCCAUGUGAAGAGUAUUGGGGAAGUCCAGUAAAGUAUAAACUCUUACAAUCAGAUCAGGCAUUCGUUUUUGAUUUCGGAUCUGAAAUGUACCUGUGGACCGGUAAACAGAUAACUCCAGAACUUCGUCAAGCCGGCAUUGAACUUGUUCAAAAAGCAUACAAUAUGAAUUACGAUUUUGGUCAGUGCCGACUAAACCCUUUGGAUCCGUUGAAUUCCCAUAACAGUGACAUAUUGGCCUCUGGAUUGACAGAGAAAGGUGAAACAGUUCUGUUCAAAGAGAAAUUUUUUGAUUGGCCUGAUACUUCAAGAAUUCAAGUGAAGUCACUUAAACCUGGAAAAUCAGCUUCUAUGGAUAGUUCUCCUGCUGCAGCUUCCUUGACAAUGGAACCGUUUUCAGCUGUUGAACUUUACGAGGCUGCAUUUAACAACCCACCACCUGCACCUAAUUUGUUAACACUAGAAGGUCGUUAUAUUGGUCGAGGUGGUAAAACAGAUGAAUUACGUGUUUGGCAUGUAUCCGAAUUCGCUAGAUUUGAACUGCCAGUCACAAGUCAUGGACAACUGCAUAGAGAAGAUACUUAUGUCAUCCGUUGGUCGUAUAAAAUUGCUUUCAAUAGUCAACGAAAUGGUAGUAAACGUAAUAGCGAAAAUGCUCGGGAAUAUUGUGCUUAUUUCUUUUGGCAGGGAUCGCAUAGUAAAAUUACUGAGAAGGGAGCAGCUGCUCUAAUGACUAUUGAACUAGAUGAGGAAAGGGGUCCCCAGGUGAGAGUAGUUGAGGGAAAAGAGCCACCGGUGUUUUGUCAUCUUUUCAAUGGUCGAAUGAUUAUACAUGAAGGGAAAAGAGCAACUCCAAAACAAGAAUCUAAACGUAUGUUCAUUGUUCGUGGUGAAGUUUUAGAAGAAGGUCAUCUCAUUGAGGUUCCGGUUCAUCUGAGUUCACUGCGUCCACAAGGUGUAUUAUUGUUGGUACACUAUGUAAAAUCUAUGGCUUCUGAUUCAGCGCAAAGUAUUAAGGCUUACUGCUGGAUUGGUCGUUUAGUUCCACAAGCUUAUCUAGCCACAGCAAAGUAUGUCUGUAGUCAACUAAGGAAUUGCUGUCCAUCGGAACUUGGUGUAAACAUAACAAAUAUUCAUGAAGUUUAUCAAAACGACAGAAAUGAAAUAUCAAAAGAGUUUCUAGACAUUUUGAAGUCAGAGGAUGAACUCUCAUUUCCACUAUGUAUGAAUGUAAUCAAAUCGCAUGGUCGACUAGCUGUUUGGCAGUUUACACAUCAUCGAGGACGUAAACUGGGUGUGGAACGACUGAAUUACGCACUUCAACCAGAUCCUUUAACUUACCAACCAGCCUUCCCAUUUCUACUUGGAGAUCUUUACUCUGUAUCCCAACCAUCCUUAUUUCUCAUUGUAUCCGGACUACCAGCUGUUUAUAUUUGGCAGGGAUGGUGGCCCCUAUCUAGUGCUAUGAAAUCUCGAUUGACACCACAGAAUCUGCAAAGAUCAUGCUCAACAUAUACCAGGCCCCAUUCACUCCAAUGGAAUAUAAGGAUGAUUUCAGAUGGAACAUCAGUCGAAGGAUCACUUGACCUAGACGACACAAAACCUUCUGCACUGACGGGCACAGGCCGUGCUCGCUUCUUUGCUGUACGUAAAUCUGCAAUGUAUACGUCUAAAGCUUUAGCGGAUAAACUUAAUACAAAGGCAUAUUUAAUUUAUGCUGGAUUAGAACCACCGGAGUUUUUAGCUUUAUUCCCGCCGUACAUUAGAAUAUCUGAUGCAGUAGCCUAUCAUCAAUUUGAGGAGGGUAAAAUUGAUGGCCAAAAAGAUUUGGUUGACGAUUUAUUAGCAUCUUAUAGUUCAGCUGCCUAUACGUUAAGUGAUCUACAACAACGUCCCCUUCCACCCGAACUGGAUGCAACCUGUUUAGAAAAGUAUUUAGAUGACAAGACCUUUGAAACAUUUACCUUCAUAACAAGCUAAUCGUUACGAAAUCACGUUUGAAGUAAAAUUCACUUUGUGCCUCCAUUCUUAUUGGUAGUAAUCACCUUCGUGUAUUGCCUGAUACAAACAUUUUGCGAUUUACACACAAUCUUGUACUUUAAACAUAUGACCUGUACUGUCCACUGAUCAGCUGAUCGAUUAUUCGAUUGGUACCUAAUAAAUUUAGUGAUAA